AUGCCAAGGGCGGGACUCGAACCCGCGGCUGUCGGUAGAGGCUGCGGUCGGGGGCGGGACUCGAAACCGCGGCUCCUGCCCUACGGGCCGCGGCCCAACCGCGCCGCCAACAUCCACAUCACGGUGCGCCGGGACCUGCUGGCCCAGGAGCGCRGCGGCGCYGCCGGCACCGGCAGCCGCGACGGYRGYGGCGCCCGGCGCAGCUGGUUCAAGAUCACGAUUCCGUACGGGAAGAAGUACGACAAGUCGUGGCUGCUGAGCUCCAUCCAGAACUUCUGCACCGUGCCCUUCACCCCCGUCGAGUUCCACUACGACCACAACCGGGCCCAGUUCUACGUGGAAGACGCCACCACGGCCAGCGCGCUCAAGCAGGUCUCCCGCAAAAUCAUCGACCGGGAUAACUACAAGGUCGUCAUCAUCAUCAACGCGUCGGGGCCGCCGCAGUCGCUGCAGAACGAGCUGAAGCCGGAGGAGAUCGAGCAGGUGAAGCUGUGCAUGAGCAAGCGCUACGACGGCUCGCAGAAAUCCCUGGACCUCAAGAGCCUCCGCACGGAUCCAGAUUUGGUGUCACAGAGCAUCGACAUGGUGCUCAACCAGCGCAGCUGCAUGCAGGUGGUGCUGCGCAUCAUCGAGGAGAAUAUUCCCGAGGUGAGGGCAGCGUCCCGGCGGGAUUUGGGCCGGGAUCUGUGCUGGGAACCGGCUGCGAUCCCUGGGAUUUGGGCUGGGAUCUGGCUGCGGUCUGUGGGAUUUGUGCUGGGAUCUGAGCUGGGAAUUGGCUCCGAGCUUGUCCCCUCGCUGUCCCCUCGCUGUCCCGCGGUGUCCCCAGCGCUGACGGUGCCCUCUCCCGCAGCCAUGCGCUUCAAGCUGCUCAAGCACACGCGCCUCAACGUGGUGGCCUUCCUCAACGAGCUGCCCAAGACGCAGCACGAUGUUAACUCCUUCGUGGUGGACGUGUGCGCCCAGACGAACACGCUGCUCUGCUUCGCUGUGCACGGCAUCUUCAAGGAAGUGGACGGCAAGUCGCGCGACUCGGUGCGCGCCUUCACCCGCAUGUUCAUCGCCGUGCCCGCCGGCAACACGGGGCUGUGCAUCGUCAACGACGAGCUCUUCGUGCGCAACGCGAGCACGGAGGAGCUGCGCAAGGCGUUCGCCAUGCCGGCGCCCACGCCCUCGUCCAGCCCCGUGCCCACGCUGGCCGCCGAGCAGCAGGAGAUGCUGGCCGCCUUCGCCAUGCAGUCGGGCAUGAACCUCGAGUGGUCCCAGAAGUGCCUGCAGGACAACGACUGGGACUACGGCCGGGCCGGGCAGGUCUUCACCCAGCUCAAGCUGGAGGGGAAGAUCCCGGACGUGGCAUUCCUGAAGUGAGCCGAGCCUCUUCCGCCCCUUCCCGGAGUUUUAUCCCCUUUUUCGGUCGUUUUGUAAAUAAAUAAAAACCGU